AUGGAGGAGGACGAACCGCCGUCGACUUCCACGUCUUCCGAGUCUCCAGAAGCUCCGACGAUCGCCAAGACGAAGAAGACAAAGUCCUCGAAGAAGGGACUAACCCGACGGGGUGAGAUUGUUUGUUUUGAUUAUAAACGAGAAGGCAAACGUGUUUUUUUGGCCAAGAAGCCAUACAGUCUGUGUUUUGUCUCUCCGUCCUUAAAACUUCCGGGUGCCACGUCGAGAAUAUCCCCAGAAUACUGAAAAAAGAACAGAGUGGAGAGGGAGGGAGAGAGAGAGAGACGGACGGCAUAAUCUCGUGGCGAUCGCGCCUCCCUUUUAUAUGAAAGUUUGCUCGGUGACAUUACAACAGAAACGUUAUGAUCAUGGAAACCACGGAACAAGAGAGAGAGAGAGAGAGGGAGAUGAGAAUGAGAGACGCAGAGAGAGAGUAACAUUCUCGCAGUCACACGUGAUUCCCUCGACUUUUUCUACCGUAGUGCUCAGGUUCUUCUGCGUCUCUUCGUCUCGCACACUCUCUCCCACCUGAAAACAGGCUCUUUUUAGUGCACAUCGUUCUGUUCAGUUGUGGAUCUGACUUUCUCACUUUCUCUCUCUCUCUCUCUCUCUCUCCCUGUCUGCCGUUCGAGCUCCGCUCUUCGCUCCCAUUUUUCAUUGCGGCGACCUGGUGUGCCAAUACAUUGCAAUCCAAACAGUUGUUCGUGAUCUUCUCGCUCCCAGAGAAAGAGAGAGAGAGAAAGAGAGAGAGAGAGAGAGCAAGUGACCUUCUUCUUAUUCUUCUUCUCUACCGUAGUCCUAUCCGCUCCGCCCAUCCAUUUUUCGUUGUCCCGAUCUCUGCCGAAUGACUCAUCAUUCGGUUUCGUAAAUGUUUUGACACCCUCUUCGUUUCUGUCCGAGCAGUGAGCGAAAUGAAUCAUUGCGAAACGGUCACACUCAAAUCUCCUCGUGUUCCAGAAGAAAAACAAGAAUUAUUGCGGGAACGGCCGUCGCGUUUUCUCUCUUUCUCUCCAAUCCUGACACAUCCGAUUUUUCGUCCCUUUUCCGAAAAAGUGCUGCCGGUACCUAAUCAUUCAAUUGAGUAAUCACUUUUUCCCGGAUCGACCUCACCACAAACUCUUUCUGAAUGGCCGUGUGAUUUGAUGUUGAGCCAACUGGGAAAUGCCCGAAGCAUUCUUUUAUUUAUUUAUUAUUGAAUCGCCGCAAAAAUUUAUUGUCUUGAUCUUCCAAUAAGGUUCCAUUCCGCGAAGAUUGUAUCUGAGAAACUUUCCCGUUGCCACGUCAACAUCCUUUGACAUUUGACGUGGCAAUUGCCUUCUUUCAGUUCCUCAACAAUUUUCUCUAAAUGCUCAUUUCCUCUCUUCGAAGAAUCGGAAGUUCUCUUUGCGUGUCCAAACUUCCAGUCCAUCCGAGAGAAUGAUGACUCACAGGUGCUUAUCACCCGCCAAAAACGGUUCUCCUCUCCACCUCCUCCUUCUGCCCCUUCUCAUUCCUUCUCUUCCCCAUCUUCUUCUUCUUCUUCUUCUUCUUCUUCUUCUCUAUUUAUUUUGUGAAUCGAUGAUGAAUAAUUCGUUUGAUAUGAAUGUGACACACACCGAUUUGCCAUGUAAGGUUCAUUCCGAACUUACCAGGGAAAACAGAGGCGUUCCGCUCAAUCUCUCUUUCUUUCAGCCAGAAUGUCGAGCGCGGAGGUGGAGGACGGCGGCGGCGGCGGCGAAAAGGAGAGUUCGACGCAGUACUGCAAGGGAUUCUUCGGUGAGUUUUCCCUUUCGGAUCAUGCAAACAAGGAGCGAAAGCGAAAAAGUAAACAGCUCGGAUGUUGUCAGUGCCACGUCACACAAAAUGGUUUCCGAAAAAGUUCAAGAAAACCAUGCUCUUACUAGAACAGUCCUACCGUACUCUCAGAUUACAGUACCGAUGUUGCCACGUCAUCCCGACGUGGCCUUCUGUCCUUUCCGUUCACAAGUUUCACACUCAAAAUAACCCCGUAAAUCUCGUUCAAAAUUCCAUUUCGAUAAUGUAAUACGCUCGUGUCCACGUCGUCAUCACUUCCAUUUUCAGCGCAUUGGCGCAUAACUUUCAUCCCAUCUGUAAUUAUAGUGCUGCUGCGCGUGACAUUCUUCUCCAUCCGAGCCCAUCAGCUGAUCGCACGCGCAUCAUUUCGCUUUGUGAAUUUCACGGAAAUUCAGAUGAUGUGCAGGAAGUGACGUCCGGCGGGAAGUGAACUUUUGAAAAGUAUUGCGAAAUGGAAGUGGAAAAGGAAACCAGAGAGAAAGAGACCCGAAACGGUUCUUAUCGGAAUAAUCUUUUCCAAUUCUGAUAAUAUUUUCGGUUUCUCGUUCGCCCACCAAUUUCGAUACGAGCUGUUCUGAAUAUGUUCUGGCGGGGAACACUGAACAUGUAUAUCAUAACAAAAGGACGUUCUCGUAAUUAGGUAGCUGAAAGUGCGGGAGCGCGCGAGAAAGUGGGCGGCGCCAGGGGACAAAAACGGAAAACAAGUCGAAGAAGCCGACAAGGACCGCCCAUUUGGAGCGCCCCGCUGCGCGUGCUCCCUCGCUUCUGCCCACUUCUGCUCGCUGAGCACCGAACGCGGAACUCUCAAAGUAUUCCGAACGGCAACAUGAUCUCUCUCGACACCCCCGGAAGUCUCUUCGACCUCGUCUCUCAAAGUACGGUAAUUUCUCAUUGAUAAUACUCGGGGGUAACGUAAGUAGACAAGAAUAGUUUAAUCGAAUUCCUGGCCGAGAGCCACUCCAAUGCACACUUUCCCACUAUAAUUAGACGCCAGAGAUCAUUCGCUUGUCACUAGACGAUUUUGAUAAAUUCCACACUUUGCUGCACUUUACGUUUGUUCUUCUACCCAAUUUAAAUCUAAUCACACGUUCCCUUUAUGACAUUACUGCUGGAAGAUCCGUUUCGAAAAAAGAGACAAGGCGGAUCAGCGGAAAUCCGUCUCGUUUCGCUUCAAAAUAAUCAUAUUUGUUAUAUCUCAUCACUUUCUCGGAAAACACCUCCUUGGGGACGGAUCCUGUACGCGUCUGUGUCGCCCUAAUUGGCGCAGAGAUUGUUUUCGUGGGAUUCGAGGUGCCACCGGGAGGAACGGCACUAAUAAUAUAGUGGGAUUCCGGCGGAGAACAACAAACAAACGUUCGUGUGACGUGGCAACUGAUCUCUUAAGGCGACUAACUUCAUUCUGCUUGAGUAGAUCUCUCGAGAAUUUCGGAAAUAUAUUCAGAGACCUGUGGACACUGUGUUUUGUGAUCUGCAAGGGGUAUAAAUGGAAUUGAUCGAGGUGAAAAGUAAUUGGAUCUCUCGACACGGUGAUUUUUUCCGGGGCGCAGUGAAGAGAGGAAGAUAGUUUGGGAAUGAGUUCAUUGUGAUUGGAACUCGCAAGCAGCAGCGAGAAACUCGCAGAAAUGUCUAGGGGUGACUGCCAAAACAACUUUUUUCAAAAUAUGACUGCUCGUGCGUGCUUUUUGUGUCUUUUUGUUAGUUUACAUCAUUAUGAACUCAAAAAUGAAGUAAAAUGAAUCGGUAUUCGUCUGACAGCACGCAUCUGAAGUCUCAGUCAAGAAGGGCUCGGGCGGCUGACGGCGACGCGCUCUCCAAGCCUUUUUCUGGGCGCCAAAACUAGAUGCGUGCCGUUGGGCGAAUACCGAUUCAUUUCAUUUGAUUUAUUGGGUAUGAGUUCAUUGUGAUGUAAACUAACAAAGAUACACAAAAAGCACGCACGAGCAGCCAUUUUUCGAAAAAAGCUAUUUUUCAGUGACCUAUAGAUAUUUUUGCAAGUUUCUUGUUUUUCUUUGUUAGUUUUGAUCAUAAUAAACGCAUUCACUAAGACAAUAAAUAAGAUGAAUCAGUAUUUCUCCGGCGGCACGCAUCUAAUGUUCCUAAAACGCUAUAUCUGAGCCUUCGUGGGCGACCGGCUGCCGUUCGGCCUUGUUUUGGUACAAAAGUACACCGGUCGGGACCAACUUUUUUUGCUGUUCUCUUUUUUCAAAGAAAGCUUAUAAGAUUAAAAAGAAGUACGUUUGUGAUUAAUAAUUGUACGUUUUAAUUUUUGAGAAAAAUCCGAAAAGCCGGUUUUGGCCAAGUAGAACGGCGAUGGCCGCAGAGGCUAGGGACUAGAAACCUUCGCGCGACCCCCAAGAGAAAUCACCGUGCUCGAAAAGUGCAUGUUGUUCGACGUCGUCUAUUUUGCGAACGAACGGACGAAUUUUUUUUUCUUUGUGCCCCUCGAAACGAAAAAGAAAACAAGUCCUUUCCAGAUGCACUUCGCGUGGUGCAGAACACGAACAAAUUCGAGUUCAACGGAGUCACCUCGCCCGUCCUCGGCACCAUCAAUCCAUCCACUUUCAGCCCGAUCACUCCGGCUACGGCAAGGUGAGAACACAAGUCCGAAAGGGCAUGCGCACUCGCUCCGCUUCUCAUCAGCUCACAGAUUAACGCUGCUCUUUUCAGCUGCUAGAUUUAGUUCAUCCGCUUCUUUUCUCUUGCCGUAGUUUCAUGCAUUAGCAGGAUUAAUCCUUGUCACACGCUUCGGACGACAUCGUCAGAAUCCAUCCGCAACGAUAGUUUUCAGAAAACCAGUGUUAGGGGUUCUGCCUAAGAUACAGUGCUUCUCAUCUUUCUAAAUACACUUUCAAUUUCAGCGACAUGCGCACGAUCGUCAUGUCUCUCCUAAGCAGCACUCCGAUCAGCGCCGGCCCGUCGCUUCCUCCACUCUCCUCGCCGACUUUUGUGCCGCUGGCUGAUAUUCAGAUGGAGUAAGUGAAAUAGAAAGUGGAAGGACUGCAUAUGAAUCAUGAGAUAAUGAGGAAGUUGAAGGCAGAAAAGGAAGGGAGAGAGGGAGAGGGAAAGGAUCAGUGAGCAGCCUAAAUGUUUUUACAUGUUUUCCGGGAAACUGGGGACAUAACGGGCAUCACGGAAUGACGUAGGUUUCCGCGAAAAAGUUCAAACGAAGCAGUAAGAUCAAAAGGACAAGGAGAGCAAGUUCUCUCUCUCUCUCUCUCUCUCUCUGUCUCAGCUGACCUCAAAAUGUUCUCACACCUCUCAAAACCCCGGGGGAGCACAACAGGAAAUACGUACUAACGUGCUAGUGCGCACGGACGUCACUUUCGGGAGAAAAUAAAUAAUGCGCCUGAUUUGGGAGCAUUCAUAGAUCGCAAAAAUGGGGGAGCGGUGAAAGUGGUAAACAAGGGGUCAGGGACUAGAUGGAGAGAACUUUCGUUUCGUUUCUGGAGCAAUUCAGGGAUCUUGCGAAUGCUUUAUAGUCAACCUGGUCUUGAAACUUACGGUAGCGACCAACACAGUUAAAACUUUCUGCUGAAAAUUACGAAAUUAGUGUAUAUGCGUCAAAAAACGUAUUUUUCUCGGGGCACCCACAAUUUGAAUUUACUAACUAAUAAUUACCCAAAUAUAGUUCUAGAUAUGUAGAGUUUCAAAAAACAGACGAUAGUUUUCAACUGGAGAACUUGUUAUUGUUUUGGCCGGCACUGUAGGAUUACCAAAAAAGGUUUGAACCGAUUAUGGAAACCAUUAAAAGAUCGAUGCAUAAGAGUGGACAAAUAGUAUUUCGGGAAGUGAACAAAAGAAUCGGUUGUCCUCCCAUACUAGUCUUCCUGAAAACGAAUCGUUUUCCGCUUUCCCAAAUAGACAAACGUGCAUGUUUUGACAACAAAAUUCCCUUUGCAGCGACCUGUCGAUGAAGCUCCUCGCUUCUUCCGCCCUUCCCGGCCCGCCGAUCAUUUCCUCUUCCAACUCUCCGGAUUCCUCCUCCGCGGCCACUGUCCAGCCCUCUCAGAUCACUGCCUUCCAACCGCUUCUCAACAAUUUCGUCUCUUCGACCACGGCUUCCACUUCCCGCCCGGAUAAACUCAAUUUGUCGGUCAGUCAUUUUUCACAAAGAUAAAUAGGGUUGCACAAAUGGAAUCUGAGUUCUUGAAAGGCUGAGACACCCGAAUUACCCUGUGAUGAGAACAUUAGUUUUAUGGAAAUGGCACAUGCUCUUAUUUCGGUACUGUUUUAAAGUGUGAGAGCGGCACGGGACCCCAGCAUGCUCUGCAAACAUUACACAGAAAUAUGCCUUUGCUUACAGUUGAUUGUGCAAAGAUUGAGUGUUGUUUGAAAGCUUGAUAGUAGUACUGUACCUUUUCGCCUCCAAACAUUUCUUCAUUCUUUCCGUUUGCAGCCUCUCCGCCCGACCGCGUACAACAGCGAAGAUUCGGACGGUGGAUUCGAGGAUUCGCGAGGAGUCUCGCGAGCGGACGAGUGA